UGGUGUUACGUGAUGCGGGAGUGCAGGCAGCGCGGGCGCUGCUGGGAAUAGAGCGGGAGGGGCGCGCGCGCGCGCGAGGGCGGCGGUUGACGGCGUUACCUCAGAUAUAAUCUUCUGCAAUGAAUAAACGGAAGUUAAAGGAAAGCGGCGGUACAGAUGGGGAAUGCAUCUCGCAGGUGCAAAAAAUGCUACGUGAAAGACUGUGUCACCAUCAUGCUGUGGGAAAAUUGUUUGGGAUGGAUCAGCAGUACAAGCAUCUGCUGGAACUGCUGAAGCAAACUGCAGUUCACGGAGAAAGUAAUUCUGCCCUCAUUAUUGGACCCCGUGGAUCAGGAAAGACUGCGUUAUUGAAUCGCGUCUUAAAAGGCCUCAGAGAAAUGAAGCAAGUGAAAGAGAACCUCUUGGAAGUUCAUCUAAAUGGGCUUUUGCAGACAAAUGAUAAAGUGGCCUUGAAAGAAAUCACCAGGCAGCUGCACCUGGAAAAUGUGGUUGGGGAUAAAGUUUUUGGCAGUUUUGCAGAAAAUCUUGUGUUUCUCCUUGAAGCUUUAAGGAAAGGAGACAGAACCAGCAGCUGCCCAGUCCUGUUUGUGCUGGAUGAAUUUGACUUGUUUGUGCAUCACAAGAACCAGACGCUUCUGUACAACCUGUUUGAUGUAUCCCAGUCAGCACAGACUCCAGUAACCGUUAUUGGACUCACAUGCAGGCAGGAUAUUCUGGAGCUCUUGGAGAAGAGAGUGAAAUCGAGGUUCUCUCACCGACAGAUCUACUUGAUGAAUUCCUUUACUUUUAAGCAGCACAUUAGGAUAUUCAAGGAGCAGCUUUCUCUUCCUGCUGACUUUCCUGACAAGGCUUUUGCACAGAAAUGGAAUAGCAACGUUCAGCUUCUAUCAGAAGACAAAGCUGUUCAAGAUGUACUGCAGAACCUCUUUCACUACAGCAAAGACCUGCGUUCGCUCCAUUUCCUGCUGAUGCUUGCUCUAAGUAAUGUUACUGUUCGUCACCCUCUUAUCACCGCAUCAGAUCUUCAGGAGGCAAGCAAGCAGUACAGGAUGGACUCGAAAGCAAAUAUUGUCCAUGGUUUGUCUGUCCUGGAAAUCUGCCUAAUUAUAGCUAUGAAACACUUAAAUGAGGUUUAUGAAGGAGAGCCAUUUAACUUCCAGAUGGUUUACAAUGAAUUUCAGAAGUUCAUCCAAAGGAAGGCACACUGCAUGUACAACUUCGAAAAGCCCGUCGUUAUGAAGGCAUUUGAACACUUACUGCAGCUGGAAUUAGUGAAGCCCAUAGAAAGGCCGUCGGUGCGUUCUCAGCGAGAGUACCUCUUAAUGGAGCUGCUUUUGGACAACAACCAAAUCAUGGAUGCUUUGCAGGCGUAUCCCAACUGCCCCACAGACGUCAAGCAGUGGGCAGCGUCGUCGCUGAGUUGGUUGUGAACGUCUGGAACCUCACAGCACACUGCAUCAGGACAUGUGGAGGUUGCAGGAAGGCCACUCAUUUUUUGAUAUUCUGGAUACAUUCUUUGAGAAUUAUUGCAGUUGCACAUAAAGAUGUAGAACUUGCUUAUGCCUCUGCCCCCGACAGAAGUAACAAUACCAAAGGAAAACCAAUUUAAACCUAGAAAGUUAUAUGGAGACAUUCAUGCAAAUCUGGAUGUUAAAUGGAAACUCUGGGGCUACCCCUUCAUUGUGCCCACAACCAACAGAUGCAAUUAUGUCACUGAAUAAAUCAGAGCUUUCACCAUGUCUGAACAUUCAGCCUCCACAAUAAUAGAUACGUUUCUCUUAAAUGGUGCUACUGAGGUUUUAUAAUCCUAACAUA